CGAACGGCCGUGCAGCGUGCACCCACUGCGACUGGCAAUGUAGCCCCGCGGAGAGAAUACAAGACGCGACGCAGCCGACGCCACCGGGCACCGGCAGGCAGCAAGCGAACACCAACCAACCCGAUGUCCCGAUCCAACAAACUGCGAACGAAGCGACGGACGACUGGACGAGACGAGGCACGGAACGGAGGGAGGGGAGGGACCGAGGGAGCCAGUGAGCGAGCCAGACUACCCACCUACUAGGUCCAGCGGCAAUGAGGGGCAGCGAGAUGUUGACCGCCUCGGGGGGCACCGGCACGGCCCCGUCCACAGCCUCCUCGUCGUCGGCAGCGGCGGCGGACCUGGUUGCCGGAGCCGGGGGCUUGGGCGCCAUCGGCGUGGGCGGAGGAGGCGGCAACUUCCCCCUCGCCGUUGCUCUCCUCGCCUUCGCCUGCGCCAACUUCAUCAACCUCCUCUCCAUCUGGUUAAAAGAGAAGAGGUGGGAUGCAAGGAAAUUUCUUACUUCAGCUGGAGUCAUGUCAUCUCUUUCUGCAACUGUGGGGAGCUUGGCCGUUGCUGUGGGUCAACGAGAAGGCGCAGAUAGCUCUGCAUUUGCCCUCGCAUUGGUUUUUGCUGCAGUUGUAAUGUAUGAUGCAUCAGGAAUUAGAUGGCACACAGGCCGCCAAGCUGCGUUGUUAAAUCAAAUAGUCUGUGAAUUCCCAGCAGAACAUCCAAUCAUUUCAACCUUUAGGCCACUACGGGAACCUCUUGGACACAGCCCACUUCAGGUUUUUGCAGGAGCACUUGUUGGCUGUGCAGUCGCUUAUUUCAUGGGAAAGUCUGUAUGAGGAAUGAGCUAGGAUUUGCAUUGUACACGAAUCCUAUUGACCUUAAUAUAUAAAUCUUCUUGUAAAAAAAAUUCUCUUUGUACAUGUUUGCCUGUCAUAAAUGUCAGAAUUUUCUUUUCUGUUUGCA